UGCCUUUCUAAAACCCAAAAAAAAGUCCAUAAUUAUAUGUUAACAAUAUUUCUUUUGUAUAUUUUUUGUGGUGACCCGUUGAAGCGUUCCUUUCUUCUUUAUAAACAUAAAUAAAUAAAUAAAUAAUUAACCCUUCUUCUGUUCCAAACCUAACCGACUCUCUUUCAUGAAAAUAUAUAUUGAAAGAAAGUUAUUAGUAUUUCAUUCUUCUCUCUCUUGUUUUCUGAUUGGAAGGCUCAGAUUAAAACGACCAUUGCCUCUGCCUUGCCUAGCCAGUCCGUAUGCGGCAGCCGUUGGAUAUUCAUUCCGGCGAAUCGGAUGCUGCUCCUGCUUCAUACAUCUGCUCUUGCUCUUAUUUUGUUGUUGUUGGGUGUCAUUACAAGAAAUUGCAGUGACUUCCUGUAAACAGCCUUUAAGUUUUGUUCGCUCUUUGUCAAUGGAGAAAGGAGUGCCAUCUAGCCUUUUUGUUAAUGAUGGUUCCUUCAUGGAGAGGUUUAAACAGCUUCAACAACAUAAGGAUGAAAACGACAAGUGUGCAACUUUAGAGGAAUCUAAACCCCCCAAAAUCGUAAAAGGGUCUUCAGCUACCAAGCCUGCUAUUUCUCUUAACAAAAUAGCCAUGGAAUAUAAGCCUCAUGAUUCACGCAAGACCAUCCAAACUUCUUCCGGAGGCAAAUUUGCAUUCAGCUUGAAACAGAAACCAAAGCUUGUGGCACCUCCUGUUAAGUUGGCUGCAGAUGAGGAUGAAGAGGACCAAGAUGCUGGAAAGUUUUUAGAUGACACACCCAUUAAACGGCAAAAGUUGGGUCAAUCAGAUGCCUCUGAACAAGCAUCAAAACAAGUGGAUGUUGCACCACCUUCCCCAAGCGAUCCUACUGUGAAGAAAGUUGCAGACAAACUAGCAAGUUUCGUUGCCAAAAAUGGAAGGCAGUUUGAGCAUAUUACACGUCAAAAAAACCCUGGAGACACUCCCUUUAAAUUCCUUUUGGAUGAGAGCUGUUCCGAUUACAAAUACUAUAAAUAUCAGCUUGCUGAAGAGGAAAAAGCACUUUUUGAGAACAAGGAAUCACAAACUCCUGAAAGUGGUGGUACAAGCAUUUUAGCAUCCAAGUCUACAAGCAGCUCUCUUAGGCCAGUUCUCCGGCAAUCAAGUUAUCAAACUCCAGCCUCUGCUUUGUAUGAGAAUAACGAGGAGCCUAGAUCUUCUGUGACAUCAAUGGGAAGAGCAGUUGCAGGCCCAUCCAGUGCCCUGCCAGGUGCAGAUCCUAUAGCAAUGAUGGAGUUUUACAUGAAGAAGGCUGCUCAGGAAGAGAAGAUGAGACUGCCUAAGCAGUCCAAAGAUGAGAUGCCACCACCCCCUUCCCUUCAAGCUCCUAUGAAGAAAGGUCAUCACAUGGGUGAUUAUAUACCACUGGAAGAGCUUGAAAAGUUCUUGGCUGCCUGCAAUGAUGCUGCUGCACAAAAGGCUGCAUGGGAGACUGCAGAGAAGGCAAAGAUUCAAUCUGAUAAUGUUGGGCAUAAACUCUUGUCGAAAAUGGGUUGGAAAGAAGGUGAGGGUUUAGGAAGCUUCAAAAAUGGUAUCUCAGAUCCAAUCAUGGCUGGUGAUGUAAAGAUGAACAAUUUGGGGGUUGGUGCUCAUCAUCCUGGAGAGGUGACUCCAGAUGAUGAUAUAUAUGAGCAGUAUAAGAAGCGAAUGAUGCUUGGUUAUCGAUAUAGACCAAAUCCUCUGAACAAUCCUCGAAAAGCAUACUAUUGAACAAAGUUGUGGAGGCUGGUCUGGUUGGAGUAAGAACAAAAAGUUAAACGUGCUUAUUGUAUUUUAUUUUAAUAAUAUUUUAUGCUGAGUUUUAUGGAGAAAAGACUGUUACUUUUAUAGUGUUAAAUGACAGAUAGUCCUCCUCUAUAGUCAACUUCGUAACCGGUGAUUUAAGUCGUUGAUCUUUACUAGUAUUAGGGGAAAUCAUUGGUGCCGUCAGCCGUAUCUUUUCUGUACCACACGGCGCUAAUUAUGGUGGUCCAACUUUAUUUAGCACUGGAGAGCUUGGAUUCCACUAGAGCCUGGAGGCAUAUACCAGCAAAGAUAGGCAACGGUUUGUAUUAGCUGCUGUAUUUUUUGUUUCCCUAAACCAAUCCUAGUGCUGAAGCAGAUAACCUUUAGGCCGUUUUCCCUCUCUCUAUCUCUCGCGCCUUUUUUUUUUUCAAAUUUUUUUAUUAAAAUCUUUUCUUUUCUCUAAGCAACCAAUGCUAAUGAGUCACUUGGCAUUUGAACGAAGGCAUGAUAACCAUCAAAGAAGACGGCAUUAUUAUGCUUUUGCAGAAAAAAAGAGGAAAUAAAGAACAGUUAUUUUCUUUGUUUCGCUGCAGUUGUAUUUGGUGUAACUUAAAUCUUUUUCCGUUUCAACAAUCAACUAUGCUCUAGUCCAAAGAAUAAAUCAGCAGUUUUAUUCGCUGGAUAAUGAGCGACACAUUGAAAGAAUAAUACGCUAUAAUCAUGUGGCUGGGUUACCCUGCACAAGCACUCAGAGAUAAACGUUUGAGGAUCAAGCAUCGGAUCUGAAUCAACUUUUCAGAGCCCAAAAUUGGGAGAUGCUUUUGGUUCCAACAUACCAUGAGGCAUGAUGACGUAAUACUAAGUAAUAAAAAAGAGAAUAUAUGGAAGCCUAUA